AUGGGCAAAACUGGUAUCCGUGCCGCGAACAAGGUCAGCUUGGACAAGCCGGCUUCUGAGCAGCCUGGCCUGCAUAUCGGCAAUAAUGACUCGGCAGAUGACGUGCUCAAUGUCGACCUGACCAAGAUUCACUACCUCAGCGGGCCUUUCGAGGUUGAGGAUGCCCAGCCGGGUGACCUGCUGCUCGUCGAGAUCAUGGAUGUCCAGCCGUUCGAGGACCAUCCGUGGGGGUUCACGGGCGUGUUUGACAAGAACAACGGUGGCGGCUUUUUGGAUGAGAUUUAUCCUACCCCUGCCAAGGCCAUCUGGGAUUUUGAGGGCAUCUACUGCACCUCGCGACACAUCCCCCACGUCAAGUUCGCGGGGCUCAUCCACCCGGGCAUUCUAGGCUGCGCGCCCUCAGCCGAGGUGCUCGACACGUGGAACACGCGCGAGGGGGAACUCAUCGCCGCCAACAAGCUCGAGCGUGACGUCGCGAAGCCCCCCGAGCCCGUCAACGUCCACGCCGGCGGCGCCGACGAAGCACUCACCGAGAGGGUCGGCAAACACGGUGCCCGGACGAUUCCUGGACGGCCUGAGCACGGCGGGAACUGCGAUAUCAAGAACUUGAGCAGGGGUAGUAAGGUCUACCUACCCGUCCAUGUCGCCGGCGCCAAGUUCAGCGUUGGCGACCUACAUUUCUCCCAGGGCGACGGAGAAAUCUCCUUCUGCGGCGCCAUCGAGAUGGCGGGCGUCAUCACCAUCAACUUCAAGGUCAUUAAGAACGGCGUCGCCGACCUGGGUCUCAAAUCACCCAUCUACAUCCCCGGCCCUGUCGAGCCGCAGUUCGGCCCCGGGCGGCACAUCUAUUUCGAAGGAUUCUCUGUUGACGAGCACGGAAAGCAGCACUACCUUGACGUCACUGUCGCCUACAGGCAGACGUGUCUUCGCGUCAUCGAAUACCUUCGCCGCUUCGGCUACAGUGAUUACCAGACCUACCUCCUCAUGUCGUGUGCGCCGAUCCAGGGGCACAUCGCCGGCAUUGUCGACAUCCCCAACGCGUGUACGACCAUCGGCCUCCCAAUGGACAUUUUCGACUUUGACAUCUCGCCCGCGCUUGGCAAGGUCGAGAAGCGCGACAUGGGAAAAUGUGCUUUCGUGACGGGCGUCACCGAGGGCAAGGUCGAGAAAGGCGGGGAGAACAGCGAGCAUAGCUUCGGUGGCGGGCUGACGUAUAGAAAGAGCUCGUAG